UGGGCAGCCUCUCCUGCCUGUAUCCAGCCCCAGCAGUGAGGAUGCCUGCUCUGCUGCCCAGCCUGGCACUGACCCUGCUCUGCCUGCUGCAGGCAGUGGCUGAGGUCCCCCUGCAGCCAAACUUCAAUGCUGAGAAGUUUGCUGGGAUGUGGCAUGUCACAGCUGUUGCUUCCAACUGCCCUGUGUUCCUGAAAAUGAAGGAUGACAUGAAGUCAUCCACUGCCACCAUCAGCAUCACAUCAGAGGGGGACCUGGCCGUGACUCUUGUCUGGUUGCUGAUGGGCAAAUGCCAAAAGUUUGAGGUGCUCUUCCAGCACAGCAAGCAGGCCGGGCACUACCUGGCAGCACAAGAGCAGAGGGAGCUGCAGGUGAUGGAGACAGACUACAGCCACUACGCCAUCCUGCACGAGGUGCAGCGGGGAGGGCAGGAACCCAGCACUGGGCUGCAGCUCCUCACAAGGGACCAGAACGUGAGCCCCCAGCUCCUGCAGAAGUUCAAAGAGCUCAUCCCCAGCAUGGGCCUGGCUGAGGAGAUGCUGGCUGUUCUGCCUGCAUCAGAUCAGUGCAUGGCUGAGGGCAGCUGGGUCUCCUUCUCAGCAUGACCUGAGCAGGGACUUGAAGACCCCCUGGGACCC